GAACGACACUUGAGAAACCAAGAGAGGGUAGGAGGACUAGUAAAGGAAAGUAGUUUAUCACCCAAGAAAAGAAUGAUUGAACUAUCCAAGGAGCAUGUUCCAAAUUUUAUUUCGUUUAUG